CCCACACCCACAUCCACUCACACCCACACCCACACCCACCCACACCCUAUAAUGAUGGUAAUAAUAAUAAUAAUCAAUAUCCAAUAUAUACUGGACCAGUAAAUCAAUUUUCAUCAUCAUUUUGGAUUCAACGAAAAUGGAUAGUUCAUGUUAAAAUUGAUAAUACAGAUAUCAAAUAUAUGAUUUAUCCAUACAAAAAAACAUGGUACAAUUACAUAGAUGAUAACAAUAUUGAAUAUUCAACAUCAACAAGUUUAAUAUUCACUAAUUUUCGUACCUGGUCAUAUGAUGAAAUGAUAUUUGCACAAAUAAAACGUGUAUUAAAUAUAACACAAAUUUAUCAUUUAAAUAUUAUUGAAAAACAUUCAAUGCAUCUAGCAAUUAAAUUAAUUAAUUUAUUACCUGAUUUAGUUACAUUAAAAAUUCAUUCUUUACCAUUAUAUGAAACAACAUCAUUUACUUUUGAAGAAUUUUGUACUGUUGCGUCAUUUAAAAGCUAUAGUAAAAUUGCUAAAGUUUACAUUGAAGAAAUAAAUGAUAUUAAUGAUUUGGAUUAUAUUUUACUUCUUUGUCCUCGUAUGAAAUUUUUACAAGUGAAACAAUUCAAUAUAAAUAUUCAAUUUUGUUUACGUACCUUUUUGAAGGCCAUAUAUAAUAAUAAUGAUAUUUGCUCUAUUCGUUCAUUAUGUAUCGAUGUUCCAACAAUGGAUGAUGAAAUCAUUAAAAGUUUUGAUACGAUGAUUCGUUCAGAAAAAUUAUUAUUCAAUUAUACAAUCAAACAUGUGUAUAAUAAAAUAUAUUUACAAUGGAAAUAA